UCUGCCUGCCAAUCUGUAUGAAGACCACUUGGACGUGUAACUAGCCUUGGAAAUUUUUUUCUGGAUGGUCUAUGCAUCGUAUACACUCUUUGCUUAUGCAAAAAAUUAUAAACGUCCUGAAAUUUUAUCUUUGGAUACUUGCGCAUCGCUUCUUCAUAAACACGCUUUAUUCCUGCAUACGAAGCAGGAGAAUUUAGCGAAUAAUAAAUUUUUGAUAAAAAGGUAUCUAAAGUUUUUCCCAUAUUUGAGGAAUAAAUUUAUUUUUCUUUUUUAUAGGCAAGACUUUUACCAAGACUCUUUUCUUUCUUUUCCCGCUACCUGA